AUGUUUGACAAUAGUACAGCGAAGAAUGAAUCAAAACCCGGGGCAAUAUGUGCUUUUCUUGAAGAUACAUCUGCCGAGGUAAAUUUGAAGGCCUUCGCUUAUUGUUUAAUCGCGAUCGGCUCUUUACUUGGAAAUUCGCUGGUAAUUUUGGUCAUUCUCAAGAAUCGCAAAAUGCGAUCUCCUAUAAACUACCUGAUAAUAAACAUGGCGUCUUCGGACAUUUUAUUCACUGUAUUUGUCAUACCACGUUUGAUCGUGGAGCUCUACUCGGCCCCUUUCAGGUGGUUUGUGAGUGGAAUAUUCGGCUCCCUCCUGUGCAAAUUGGAUCAUUUUGUCCAGGAUAUCGCAACAGCCGUUUCAAUUCUUAGCCUGGUAGCCAUCGCCUUCGACAGAUUCUACGGAGUGGUUUAUCCCAUGAAAUCUGGUCUUAUCAGCCGUGGUAAAAUAUGCGGUUUGGUUUUAGCUUGCACGUGGUUCAUAGCUGCCUUGUUACAUCUGCCUUACUUUUACGUGUACAAACUCUCUAAUGACUCCUUAUGCCGAUACAGCUGGGGUCCUAACGUGGAUAGCAUACAAGCGUCGAAGGCGUAUUUUGUGGUACUGUCAGUGACCUUGUUUUUCUUCCCAGCCACAAUAAUCAUAAUUGUUUACGGUAUGAUCGUCAUUUCCCUCUGGAGAAAGAAAUUCCCCGGCAUCCAGUCAUUAAAAGAUAAAAAGAGGAUUUUCAAACGCAAUCGGAGGGUUUUGAAGAUGGUUGUCGCUGUUGUGGUGGUGUUUAUAUGCUGCUGGCUGCCUGUAAACGUUUCGAUUUACCUAUCUUUAUUCCAGUGGGGAUUUCCUCCGCCUUGCUACAGCAGCACAUUGUUUUUCUGGGUAAUCUUACUGGCAUAUUCUAACGUGUGCAUAACGCCAUUUUUAUAUUUCAUUUUUAAUGAAAACUUCCGUCAAGGAUUUAGGCAUGUAUUUUUCCAUCGCCAAGAAGCAGGUUCUUUCCGAAGCAACCGCCGUUCGACCCGACGUGGAACUCGUUCAUAUGCUGUCAGUCACACCUCUUUGAAAAUACAAGACGGAAGAAAGAAACUGUAA